GUAAUAAGCCCCCAGAAUCGACCGCUGCACUAGUUUUACUAGUAGAAAGCGCUAUCAGUUUUAUGUUUUCAGUGGUCACAAACCGUGUCAGUUCAAUACUUUUGUCAGAGACUGUACGCGGGUAUUUAACAUUCGAUUGACAGAAGUGGGUAGUAGGUAGUCGCUGGUAGUUGGGUAGUCGUUCUCCCACGAUAUGGCUAUGAUUAGUGCCGGCUUGCGUCCGCGAUUAUGAUAAAAUGGAGUGAUUUUCGCGAUGAGUCGUCGAUUCAUCAGGCAAAAUCAAUGGGCAAUAAGUCACGAUCCGAGCGAAUCGCGGAAACAUAAAUCCAUUCACUCCUGGGUUGAAUACAAAAGGUGCCGCGCGUUGGCUAAAAAGACUUUCAACGAGAAGAAGAAAGAAAAUUUCAAGGAAUUUUGCCAGGGAAUAAACAGAUUUACGGACCCUGGAUAUGUCUGGAGGACUAUCCGUAUAUUUAAGAAGGCCAGGAAUAACGUUACUUGGAAUAAAUGGCAGUCCACUGACAGAGAAUCGGAAAUUAGGAGAACGACGGACAGCUUGUCCCCCCCUACUGUCGGUCACAAACCUUAUAAUAACUUCAUGAGAGCUAGCGGUGAGUUUGAUACCCCUUUUUUGAGGGCGGAGCUGGAUAGGGUUAUAACUAUGGCCAGGAGAGACUCUGCACCGGGGCUGGAUGGCGUGGAAUACAAGAUGUUACGCCUCUUGCCGGAUUCAGGACGAGAGAAGGUGCGACCUAUUUCAUUGUCAUCUUGUGUAGGCAAACUGAUGGAGAGACUCAUUAAUGAACGACUAACGUGGUGGGCGGAGAACGAGGAUAAAUUUAGCAAAUCACAGAGCGGAUUUAGACGGGGUAAAUCUUGUGCCGAUAACCUUGCACGCAUUACGGCGGAUAUACGUGCCUCUAUUUGUUCUAACGAAUAUACCCUGGCAGCCUUUUUGGAUGUAUCUGCGGCGUAUGACUGUGUGAAUUACUGGAUCAUGAUGGACAAGCUGGUGGCGCUUCAAUGCCCUGUAAACAUUGCUAGAUUCAUCAGUAAAUGGCUAUACUGUAGAAGGGGUUUGUGCGCGGAGUUGCCGGAGGGAGUGGAGGCAGUAGAAUUUGCCGAUGAUAUUGGUCUGUAUGUUUCUGGGAUUAGUAGAAGAAGGAAUCGUGAACUAUUGGAGCGUGCCGUUAACGUGAUCGCUGAAAGACUUAUGUUGAUUGGUUUGGCACUCGAACCGAAGAAGACGGUACUGGUGGAAUUUUCCAGGAGCGGUUACGUGGAUAGGAACCUGUUUAUCAAUAUACAGGGAACCAGGGUGUAUAAUAGUGGUGAGGCUAAAUUCCUGGGAAUCUAGCUGGAUAGUGGUUUGACUUUCCAUCGGCAAACACAUGAGAUAAGAGGAAAAGUAAAUAGAGCCAAUUCUAUUAUGAGAUAUCUUUG